UUUUUCUCAGCAUAUCAUAAGGUCGCACCAAAGAGUUGGUUGCAAAAUUUAAUCGCUAAAAUAAUUUGCUAAACCCCAAAAAUGCUGUUAUAAAGUAAAAAGGCUAUAGGAAGGAAGAAAGAACACCUGGAUACCAAUGGCACGCAUCACCUGGAGAGGUCACUCCAGUCAGGAGUUGCUUUCUAUUUGUCGCCUUCGUUGGUCUUAUAUGAAGCACUGCUGGCACUCCUUGACCUUCAAUGCCCACAUGAACUCCUCUUACGCUUCCGAUGUAUGUUUGACCCCAAUAUUUUGGUUCGUGGACAACUACACUCACUGCCUGGGACCGUUUUUCGUCGUUGGAGUGGCUGCCUUAACCACCUCGGUUGUUAGUAUUGCCUAUUGGAUUGGUUUGCCUUUUUGGUGGGCUAAGAGUCAGUUGGUCACCUAUUUCCUACUAGUCGUGGGCAAUUGGCUGCUGCUCAAUGUGGUUUUCCACUAUGUUAUGGCUGUGAUCACACCGGCGGGUCAUCCCCCGGAGGGCGUGUCUCUGGUGGAGGCGGUCAGUAUGUGCGGGAAGUGUAUAGCCCCCAAACCACCACGUACUCAUCAUUGUUCCGUCUGCAAUCGCUGCAUCCUUAAGAUGGAUCACCACUGCCCUUGGCUUAACAAUUGUGUGGGCUAUGGUAAUCAUCGGUACUUUUUCCUCUACAUGAUGUACACCACUCUGGGUUGCCUUUUUCUCAUUCUGUUUGGUCUAGAGAUCGGCCACAAAUACCUGUGGCUUGAUCAUGGAGAAACAUGGACGGAGAUUGAACCUCUUGAGGGUCAGCCAGUAAAGUUUAACCUGAGUGGACACAUCAUUCCAGUGACCCAUCCUCAUGAGUACGAUGAAUUUAUGCUGCCGCCUGCAAUACACAAUCUUCCGACACCUAUUGUGGAUACAGAUGCACCUUCUCCUGGACGACGACGAGCUCUGUGGUUCAUGGCCUUCACAAAUGUGUCCGUUGUUUUGGCUCUUGGGAGUCUCUCCAUUUGGCAUGCAAAACUCAUAACUCGAGGGGAGACGAGUGUUGAGGCCCACAUUAACGAAGCGGAGAGGAAACGUCUUCUCAAGCAGCAACGCAUUUACAUCAAUCCCUAUAACUUUGGCACCAAAAAGAACUGGAAAUUAUUUUUGGGUCUAGUGCGAGGAAGAUCUUUUUGGCGGACUGUUCUGCUUCCUUCCUGGCACAAGCCCGAAGGUACUGGCCUAAGUUUUCACACGGUAAACGAUGCGCCCUUCGAGGAUGAGUGGCCAUAGAGUAGUGGCACAUCGAAGGUAUUGUGAUGUCAGCAAGUCAAUCUUAAGUUAAUAGUUUAACUUUAAGCUCAAAGUAACUAAUAUGUCAACGUCAACUGCUUAUUUUUAUGAAAAAGUGUAGUUUAAUAAUAGUCUCAAGAUUCCAAAGUUUACUCAAAAGCCAUAGGGAAUAUUUAAAGCAACUAGCUAUAGAUGACUUCACACAAAAAUGCCAUGGCAUGUACGUUGUUUCCAUAGCGACUAAGAGCACGAAGACGCUUUUUAUACAUACUAGCUUAAUAAAAAACAAGUUCAGUAAAUAAAA